AACAAGAAAAACCCACUUCACUAUCAUCAUCUCACUUCUGUUAUUUCUCUCUAUUAUGAGUCCAUAUAAACAUUCACUUUUGUGUCUCUUUGUGGUGUUUUUUGUUUCUAAAGCUCAAGAUGAGCCUCCGAGAACUUUGAAGUACUUGUUUCGAUCUGUUUACUCGUUUGGGGACUCAUUUGUUGAUCCUGGAAACAAUAAUUACUUACCCAACGUUGCUAAGAGCAAUUUUCCGCCUUACGGUAGAGAUUUUGUGAACAAGCAGCCGACGGGGAGGUUUUCUAAUGGGAAGCUCUUCCCUGAUUUUGUUGCAAUUUACUUGGGGUCAGAAUACCAGCGGCCAUAUAUGGACCCAAUGCUUAACUUGACGGAGCAACCCACCGCAGUUAGUUUCGCCUCCGCCACCAGUGGUUAUGACCCUUCUACAACUAACAAAAGCAAUGCAACAUCAAUGUUGGAUCAGCUAGAGGAAUUCAAAGUGUACAAAGGCAAACUCCAGAGGAAACUUGGAAAAAGAAUAGCCAACAGAGAGAUCAGGAGAGCUCUCUUUUAUGUCAAUGCUGGAUCGGACGAUUUUGCCCUCAGUUAUUUUGGUGAUGGAAACCCAACCACUACUAGUAGUGGAUCAAUUCCUCAAAAGAUAACUCCUGAGGAAUAUGAGCAAUCCUUGUUGAAACGUGUCAAACAAUUUGUUCAGGGAUUAUGGUAUCAAGGGGCUCGAAAAAUCGCAGUUAAUGGUCUUCCACCUUUGGGUUGCAUCCCAAUCGGUAUCACUCGCCUUCCUCCAACUCCAGGAAAUUCGCAAGAUGCACGAAAUUGUGUUGAAUAUGUGAAUGCCAUUUCAAAAGAUUUUAAUUUGUUGCUUCAGGAUGAAUUGAAGGCCCUGCAGAACAAGUUUCCAAAGUUUGGCACAAAGAUUGCUUACAUUGACUUUGAACAACCAUUGCUCGACAUUAUACAGAACCCCGACGAAUAUGAUUUUAGUGAAGUAAACAAAGGUUGUUGUGGGACUGGACUUUAUGAAAUAGGAGUACAGUGCAAUGAAACAACUCCGGUUUGUGCUGACGCCUCAGAGUAUGUAUUUUGGGAUGCAGCACACCCAUCAGAGGAUGCUUAUUACGCCAUUUUCCAAAGCAAUCUUGCAACCAUUGAUCAAAUUAUUAAGUUUUGAUCCCAUUUCACAUGGAUGCACAAAAGCAUAUUAAAAAAGUCCACCAAAAAACAUGUGGCUAAAUAAUUUUGUGCAACUUUUCUCGCUAAUGAAAUAAUAUUUUCCAUGCUAUCUCGCAAAA